AUGGAGGGUACAAAAAUUUUAUUACACGUAUUUUUUUUCAAAACUCUUUCACGAUCAAUGAUGAAAUUGUUACUACAGAUAAUUAGCGUUCAAAGUUGUUUUGCUAUUAAUGGGAGCACAGUGCACAAACCAUUUCACCGCUGCUGCAUCAAGAGGAGUGAUGUGUCGAUGCCGCUCAGAUUGACAUCGUAUUUCUCGCUUCCAUCAGGAGCUUUCAAAGAGUGCCACGCGGUGCUGCCUCCACAAAUCUUCUUCGACAACUGCGUGUUCGACCUGUGUGCCACGGGUGGGGACCACGGCUCGUUGUGCCAAGCCCUGCAGGCCUACGCCGACCAGUGCGCCCAAGCUGGGGUCAUCGUAACGUGGAGGAACAACACCUUCUGCCCAUUCCCGUGUGAACCGGGCAGCCACUAUGAGAGCUGUGCCCCACCGUGCCCGGCCACCUGCAGCAACGCAAAUCCCCCAGCUGGCUGCAACCAGCAAUGUGCAGAGGGCUGUGUCUGUGACGACGGCUUUGUCCUCUCUGGGGACAAGUGUGUCCCUACAGAUCAGUGCGGUUGCCUGGAUAACAAUGGCCACUACCAUCCGAUCGGGGAGAGCUGGUUUGAGUCACAGGACUGCAGCCAGCGCUGCAUCUGUGUCAAUCCUGGCAAUGUGAACUGUGGGGCCUGGGUCUGUGAGGACGACGAGACCUGCGGUGUGGAGGACGGCAUCCUGGGCUGCCAUGGCUCAGGGCCAACAGUGCCACCAACAACCCCGCCAAAACCACCUGGCGACUGCGUGAUCACUGGAGACCCUCACUACAUCACGUUCGACAAGACGACGCACCACUUCAUGGGCGAGUGCACCUACACGGCAGCCAUCCCGUGCAACCAGAGCUCCACCCUGCUGCCCCACUUCAACGUGGAGACAACAAAUGAGUUCCGGGGCGGCAGCACGGCCGUGUCUUACGUCAAGGAGGUCCACGUGGAUGUCUACGGCCACAGGUUCACCUUGGCCAAAGGACGCCGGGUGCUGGUGGAUGGGCUGCGUGUGACUCCACCAUUCUUCAUGUCCGGGGUGUACAUCCAACUGAGUGGAUCCUACGUCGUGCUGGAGACCGAUUUCAAUCUGGUUGUUCGGUUUGAUGGGAACCACCAUGUGGAGAUAGUCGUGCCUGGAGAAUACGCGGGGCAACUGUGCGGCAUCUGCGGGAACUUUAAUGGAGAUGGCUCAGAUGACAAUCUGAAGCCGGAUGGGUCAGCUGCGGCCUCAUCCAGCGAGCUGGGAAACAGCUGGAGAGUGUUCAACAGUUCUGAUGAUGAUUGCCAAGAUGAUACCGGGGAAAUACCUCCAUGUGAUGAGAAUGACAAGAACCUGUAUGAAUCGGAUACGUUCUGUGGAAUAAUCACUGACCCUGAGGGAGCUUUCAAAGAGUGCCACGCGGUGCUGCCUCCACAAGUCUUCUUCGACAACUGCGUGUUCGACCUGUGUGCCACGGGUGGGGACCACGGCUCGCUGUGCCAGGCCCUGCAGGCCUACGCCGACCAGUGCGCCCAAGCUGGGGUCAUCGUCACGUGGAGGAACAACACCUUCUGCCCAUUCCCGUGUGAACCGGGCAGCCACUAUGAGAGCUGUGCCCCACCGUGCCCGGCCACCUGCAGCAACGCAAGUCUCCCGGGUGGCUGCAACCAGCAAUGUGCAGAGGGCUGUGUCUGUGACGACGGCUUUGUCCUCUCUGGGGACAAGUGUGUCCCUACAGAACAGUGCGGUUGCCUGGAUAACAAUGGCCACUACCAUCCGGUGAGCUAAGCAAAGAUAUGUACGUAAAUCCCUAUCCUAGGCGUUGUGUUUGAUACAGGCCAACACAAGUUUGAAUCUUCCUUAAUUAAGAAUCGGAUUUCAUGUCACAGUCAAAAGCAUUCAUGUGUUUUUUUAUUUACUCGUCAUCAUAAUAAUAGCUAAAAGGUCAACUGAGAUGUUUCUAAAGACAUUGCAUUUGUAUCUCAGCUCGGGGAGAGCUGGUUUGAGUCGCAUGACUGCAGCAAGCGCUGCAUCUGUGUCAAUCCUGGCGGCAAUGUGAGCUGUGACGCCUGGGUCUGUAAGGACGAUGAGAUCUGCAGUGUGGUGGAUGGCAUCCUGGGCUGUCACACACAGGGUGAGUGCUCCCUGCGUGACUUUUCAGUCUACAUAUGAUGCUCUGAAACAUUGUUUUCCAGGUCUAGAUGAUGACACUCCAAAACUGUACACUAAUUUAUUCAGUGUAAUGGUGUGGAGGGGUUGCCCGGAUAAAACGAAAUAUGGAUACUUCAAAACAUAUAAAUUAUACAAAGACAUAUUUCUGAGUUAGAUAGAAUGGGGAUGAAUAAAUAAUAUUGUGACUUCUCUAGCGCCGUAACAUAGCAAGCCAUUGGAAGGUUGCUGAAACAGAAUGUAUGUAGAAUGUGUUCCUUAUCUUUAUUGUUUCAUAAAAUAACAAGUAUUUUUGCUGACAUGUUGAAUUAUUGCCCUAACCUAUGCAAUAAUUCAUCAUGAAACAGGGGUAGCUCGGAAUUCAACCAGCCCACACAUAAAACUUAAAAUAUUUUUUGUUACAAUCAAGGAUAACCUGCCCACACAUAACGAGCUUUAAUUGUAUUUGUGUCCAAAUUAUUAUUAAUUGUCUCUGACCAAAGCACUUUAAAUGCACCCCAUCAACUUAUAUGUUGUCAGCUAAGCAGCAUUGAGCCUGAUAAGUUCUUGGAUGGGUGACCAGCAAGGCUUGGGGUUAUAAGAAUGCCAUAAUAUAUAAUUAUUGUCACCUCUUGUGUGUGUGGGUUAUCUCGAGGUACUCCGGUUUCCUCCAACAUGGCCAAACUUAAAAAAAAAAACUCUCUUGAAACUUAGUGAGCCUUUCCUGAAUGUAUGAUUGGCAUCCUUUUUUUUUAAAGAGAUGGAUAGGCACUGUAUGUCUUUCGUGUAAGCAUCAAGAUCCAAGGCACUGGCUUACAUUUGAAGACACUCACCUCUGUUUCAUACAUUAUAAUGCAAGAACUGCCCGCAUGUGUUCGUGGGAUAUAACUUAAGUGAUUUGCAAGUGCUAUUUAGAUAGCUUACUAUUAAUUUCCCAAUGCCAAUCUCUGGUCUACUUUAAAUCAACAACAUUAACAACAAUGUUAUAACCACAACCAUAACCACAUUCUAACCACAACCAUAAGCACAUAAUUUCAACUAUAAACGCAUGAUCAGAACUACAUUAUAAGCACAUUAUGACCACAACCAUAAGCACACGAUAACCAUAAUCAUAAGCACACUAUUAUUUAAACCACGAGAACAUUAUAAUCAUAACCAUAACCGCAUUACAACCACAACCAUAAGCACAACAAUGCAUUGGAAACUGGCCGGAUUACAAAUUUCACCACCAAAUCCAGACCGUACCAAAUGAGCCUGAGCCCAAAGUGGGGGAGAGGGUAGGAUGCAUGCGAACAUUGCUGAAUAAAAAAAAUGCCAAUGUGUCUGUUUCAGCACUAGUUAAUGUACAAUAAUAAAUACAUGGUAUUUAUAUUUUUUAUGUAUAUUCGCAUACCUUUUUUCACUAUUUUCUCGGAAUGCCCUCAGCAAGAGACCAUGUUUUGAUUUUUAUACAUGUAGCGUUUGAGAGAUGGACAGACGAAUGGAUACAUGCGAAUUUUAU